GACGUAGACUGGGAGUUGGUCGACAUGUCAGUGGCCGCACUUAUACGUUAUAUCGAAGAGUAUGAUUUACUGCGAGUCAUGUCCAAGAUCUUCUUGGACCCUACUAUGGGUGCGAGAGCUCAAUCGUUUACUAAUGUGCUUGAACUACUUGUUCAUUGUACUACAUGUGUCGCCCCCAACUGUCACUACGUAAAAACAGAAGCUUACAUCAAUGCGCUCCGACACGCACUCGAAAAGGAUCAACUUUGGGCAGACACGUUAAUAAGACUAGAACAAAGACAAAAAUCGAGCGUGAAAAAGAGCGAAGGGGCGAAAGUAAUACUGCAGAGGUGGUACAUGCUUGGAAAGGAGAUCGGCUUGGUCCAGAGACAGGCCACUCUGGCUCCUCCCGUGCCGUCCACAUCUAGCCAACCAAAACCUGCCGAUACCAAAGUAAGGGAGAGCGUGGAUGGGUGUUGGAAUACAGAUUGCGAGAAAAAUGGUGUUGUUGACGAAGCGGUCGAGUCCAAACUCCUUCGUUGCUCUAGUUGCAAGGUGGCACGAUACUGCAGUGCAGUGUGUCAGACCAGGGAUUGGAAGGCCGGUCAUAAGGGCGAGUGCAAAGCGCUCAAAGCGAAAGCAGGAUAG